GCCUUCCCCUGCAAAACAAAAGGGAGCGGAGCGGCGGCUGGGCCGGUGUGGGGUUUGUUUCGGCGCUGCGCUUGUGGGCGGUGAACCGUGACCUCCCCGGUGCCGCCGCCAUGUCCCGCCGCAGCCAGCGCCUUGUCACCUCGCGCUAUUACCCCGGGGACGACGAUGCCACGACCAGCAGCAGCAGCAGCUCCCUGCUGGGGGGCCAGCAGCUCCCCUUUAAGGAGAGCACCGGCAGGACGAUCAGGAGGAAGUCGAGCAGCACGAAGCGCCUCUCUCCUGCCCCCAGCACCCAAACCUCCUACUACAGCGAGUCGCACAUGAGCGAGUCCUACCUUGGGGGUAGUCGGGGCCUCGCUGCCCUGGGCAGCUCUGUCCUGGAUGAUGCCCUGGACAGCAGCACCUACUGGGGUGAGGAGCUUUCCACCAGGAGGAGAAGAGGCACAGGAGACACAGAGUCCAGUAAGAUCAACGGGCUGCUGGAGAGCAAAACGUAUGACACCUAUGCCUCCUCGUCUGGCUACUCCUCAGAAGAUGACUACGCUGGUCACUUUUACUCAGGCCAGAGUAGCUCUGGAUCGGGGCUGAGAACUGCAGCCUCUCGAGUGGGCUCCUUCCUCUGGCAGGUGCUCACCUCUCCAGUUUGGUUCGUGGGGUGGCUGUUCUCAGGGCUGGCAGCUGCCUGGCACCGCCUCACCAGCACAGUUUCCCACCUGGGUGGCGUAUUCUUCUCCAGGCGCUACCCGUGGCUGAAGAGGUCCCUGCUUCUGCUGCUGCUUCUGCUGCUUCUCGCUGCUGCCGCCUAUGGAGCUUGGUACUUCUAUCCAUACGGGCUGUCAACACUCAGCCUCCCCUCCUUCCCAUGGUGGGGAGUUGGCAAACUUUCCUCAUCUGAUGUGCCUGGGGCAGGGGACCUGACUGCACUGGACCAGGGUCUACAAGGGGAGCAGCGGUUCCUGGCUCGUUUCCAGGCCCUGGAGAAGCGCUUCGAGGCACUUGAGGCCAUGGUGUCACAGUGGGAGCUGCGACGGGGGGCAGCAGCAGUGACGGCAGGGGAUGACAACCCCUCAGGGGAUGUCCUGACGCUGCUGGAGGGGCUGGUGAACCGCCGGGAUGCGGGGCUGAAGGAGCAUCUCCGUGCUGACUUGACCAGCCACUUGCAGGGUGAGCUGGAUGCCCUCCGAGCCCAAGUGCAGAGGGAUUUAGAUGGGCGCCUGGGGAAGAUGGCACAAGCCUCUCAGGAGAUGGAGACACGCCUGCUAGACCUGAACUCAGAGUGGCAGAGCUUAGUGCAGGAAGACCUACGAGGAAGCUUCCAACAGGAGGUGGGCAAGCUGGAGCAGGAGGUGGCAGCACUGAGGAGGGAGCUGGCAAGCCUCAAGUCUGACCAGGAGGUGAUGGGGAAGCACAUGGAGGGGAUGCUGGAACAGUUGAAGGCAAUGCGGGCUGAUGUGGAAGCGCAGUUCCCGGCAUGGCUCACUCAGUUCCUGUCGCAGCCCCAGCGAAGUGGUGCCGCUGGCCUUGUCCUCCAGCGGGCAGACUUGCAAGCAGAGCUCCAGGCCCUGGAGCACAAGAUCCUGGCUAAAGUCCUUGAGGACCAGAGGCUAUCAGCACGGGAUGCUCAGGCUGGUAGUGGAGUGGCUUUGCAGCGAGGGGGGACCACAGGGGUGACAGAGGAGAAAGUGCAUCUCAUCGUGGACCAGGCCCUGAAGCGCUACAGCGAGGACCGUGUGGGGAUGGUCGACUAUGCCCUGGAGUCAGCAGGGGCCAGUGUCAUCAACACUCGCUGUUCGGAGACCUACGAGAUGCGGACGGCGCUGGUGAGCAUGUUUGGCAUCCCCCUGUGGUACCAGUCACAGUCCCCCCGUGUCAUCCUGCAGCCAGAUGUCAACCCCGGGAACUGCUGGGCGUUCCGUGGGUCCCAGGGCUUUGCCAUCAUCCGCCUUUCUGACAUCAUCCGCCCCACAGCCGUGACACUGGAGCACAUCCCAAAAGCCCUCUCGCCCCAGGGGGCCAUCCCCAGUGCCCCCAAGGACUUUGCUGUCUAUGGCUUGAAGGAAGAGAAAGAGGAGGAAGGUCACCUUCUUGGGCAGUUCACCUACAACCACGAUGGUGAUGCCAUCCAAACAUUUUACUUGAAGGGUGACGGCAUGGGCACGUACCAGCUGGUGGAGCUGCGGGUGCUGAGCAAUUGGGGCCACCCUGAGUACACCUGCAUCUACCGCUUCCGUGUGCACGGGGAGCAGGCGCACUGAGCCCCGGCUGCCGCCUGGAUGGAACGCUGCCCGGCCAGCCGCAGGGAGGGAUUCGUCUCAGCCGCCGCUUCGCCUGUAGGAACCCUAGGAUGUGGCAGCCGCUGCCCCAGGGAGCUGCUCUGCUUGGGGGAGGAGAAGUGCUGGUGUUGAAGGGGUGAGGCUUUGCUCUUCCAAGGCCUGGCGUGGGUGAGACGAGCAUCCCACGCGGGUCCCAGCGCAGCCUGGGCUGUCUCGGCGCGUAGUGGACAUUUUAACUCUCUAAGCUAAUUCUUCAUCGGGUCCGCGCAGCCCCUUGUCCUUCUUGCCCUGCUCCUUUCUGACGGUGUGCCUAAGUGUUGCUGGGGCUUGGGAAAGGGGGGCUGUGGUUCUGCAACGUGCUUCACGUGGACUCGGGUGUGGUGUGGGACCACGGGAACUGGCUUGGUGCUGCUUGAGUAGGUAGGAGCCACUGGUCGCAGCCACUGAGUCUCUCCCCUCUAUGCAGGGUCAUUUCUUCUGCCUUGGUGUUGGUUGAGAUAAAAACAUCUCCAGAUCUCCAAUGCUGGGCAGGCAGAGGGGAAACAAGACAGUAUUAAUGAAGUAUUAACAUGAAACAAAUGGUUUAGGGCAUCAGGAGGGGAGAAAUUUGGCACACGGGGGUGGUGGAGCCCGUCCUGGUGCUGCCGUCCAUCCACUCAAGCCCUCCUGCUACCGGUGGCUGUGUUGGGUCUUGGCAAUGCUGUUGGCACCCCCAGCUGGCUGGCUCUGUCUUAAGCUUGAUGAUGGUAUUGAAAAUUCUUGUUGCCUGCUUUCCUUUUGGAUUUAUUCUGGGUUUUGGGGGGCUCUUUUUGUGUUGUUGUCUUGGUUUUCUUAAUUGGUGGGUGGUUUGGUGGGGGUGGGGGAUUUUGUUUAUUUGUUUUGUAUUUUCCUUCGGGUUUUGGGGUUUUUUAUUGUGUUUUAAGUGGGAAGAGGAAUUACUUUCCAGUUAGGGUGUUUGGAAUAUUUUUUUGGGGGGGGAGUGGGAUGUGGUUUAUUUUGGCAGGUUUUGGUUGUUGGUUUUUCUGGGUUUUUUUGGUAACAAAGGAGAAAGAAAAUUUUUUUUUUCCAUGCAGUUUGUACUUAACCAGAGAAUGUUACAAAGUGCCACUUGGGCUCGUGGCUUAGAUGGGAAGAGGGCUAGAGCUUUGUUCAGUAGGAGAAUAGCACACACAGUAGGAUGAACUAGAAGACAGCAAGCAGAGCUGUUUAAAAUAUGA